UGAUGUAACAGGCUACCCGGAACUAUAUAUAUAUAUAUAUAUAUGUCUGGGCUUAUAGAUUUACAUUGGGAACUCAAUAUCUCGAUGUAUACACACGUAUAUAAAUGUAUGCAUAUAUGCGUCACGGUUAAGAAACCCACACAAUGUAUAACAAGUAUAACAGUCGUCCUAAAUUUAGCCAAGACAUUUAACUUCCUGGUACAAGAAUUCAGUUAGCUUAGUUCCAGUUUAACUUGUAUCAAUGGUGGAUUAACAUGAAAAUAUCUCGUGUGUCGAUAUUUCUCGUCUCGUGUCCUGUUCUACAGAUGUUCACAUCAGGAUAAGAAUACGAACUCGCACGUGAGAUGCCAAGUGCGAGCAUGAUGUCAGCCAGAAAUUUGCCUCCGCCUCUCCCCGCCCGGAAAAAUCUUCCACCAGUCCGUAAGGGUGUACCAGUUAGCCGUGCUGUCUCUUCUGCCGUUGGAAGGCCAUUACCUGCAACACCACCGGCCGCGUCACCACAGAAAAACAUGCAAGCAUUGCCAAAUAGAAAUAAAAAAUCACCUGUAAUAAAUUAUGAGAACCACGAACUCGGGAUGUCAAAAAUUAAAUCUUUGCCAGCAGGGCUGAGUAAUCUGAAUGAAGAAACGCCCCCACCCCCUCCCCCGGGUCGCCCACCAAAGCGUAGUAUGUCCGUUCAAGGGUCAAUGACGCCGACUCGUUCGACUUCCAAACCCACGGCCGGUCUUGCCCUACCUCCGGCUUUACCAAGUCGGGGACCGCCACGGAGACCUUCCACCUCGUCACCCGGGAAUGACACAUUCCAUGAUCUCGAAUCAAGAUUUCCUUUUCACGAUGAAAGAGACUUUCCGCCACCUGAGCCGUAUGUCGGAGGGAGCAAAUCGUAUGCCAGUCAAUUACACAAGGAGCCUAAAAAAAGGGGUUCAAGAAAAAGGACAACGCCGGAACUGUCUCCUGUAGGUGAAACUUAAUGUACAUAAAUUUUAAACCUAUCGCGCGAGUUACCAUGGAAACGGGGCGUUUCAAGUGAAUACGGCAUGUUGUGCAGUCUAAAAAUGGACGUGAUUGGUACACGUUUAUGAAACCAUGUGUAUUUUUUUCAGAAAAGAAUAUCGGGACCGAACAAGGCCGAGUGGUUUUUGGCAUCCUCGAUAUCCAGGCGUUACGCUCAACUAUCGCUGUCUGUAGAGAGCGUAAGUGAGCGUAACUUUGCCAGUUUGAUAUUUUGGUAUUCCCGCGCUUACUUACCACAGCACGCUAAAUACUCGCCAUAUUUGGGAUAGCCCUUGACUGAUUGUUUAUAAUUUAUUUCAAUUGAUAUUCAAUUAAUUGUGUAUUGUGAAGUAUCUGGAAAAGAAUGGAGUGAUUUUGCUCUCUGCACCAGAGGUAGAGUAGAGAGAUAAUUUCGAACAAUUCAUAUGCUCUGUACCUUUUCCGUGUUUGCGCGUGCUGCUAUGUUGAUGCUGUUUCCGCCAAUAACCAACAAUUUGAAGUAGAAACAAACAAUAACAGUCGGACAACGAGCUGUAAUGAUUAAGAACUUCUGCGAUCAUUACACGCUUGAGACAUGGUCCUACGGUUUUCAUUCCUAUCUGGAAAAUGGUCGCAGUGUGGAUGGAGCGACGUACGUGUCUCUAUCCCUAAACAGGAUGUGACGUUCCAUAUAUAGAGAUGGCGCCUUACAGUUGUCCCUCAGUGGUCCAAUCACAUCGAGGAAAUCGAGAAACAACAAAGUCACGCCCGCCGGUAUUCAAAUUCGUUAAUGUGGAUUUUCAACGUAUUGUGGAGAAGUUGGUACCCAUGAGGUAUAAGUACACAGUAUAAAUGUUAAACUGUUUUUUCCGGAUUAUUGUAAAUGACAAGUGGUUGAAUGUGAUGCAGUUUUUUGUUGUUUUUUAUGAAUGUGUUGUUUACUACUUCUUUCAGAUUUUUGUUGAACAAAUAACUGAGUUACUAAUCCGACUUAUUUAGACAUUAAUCAAGGAUUACAAUUUUUAAGAAAAUGUUUUUUUUUUACUUUUGCCUCACUUAAGCUUUUAACAUAAAUUAGUAAAUCGUUUGAGAUUAAAGUUAAUAACUAAUUUCUAAUUUUCCGAUUCGUAAAUGGAUAUUUAUUCGCAGCAAGAAUUACCAGAGUAAAAUAUAUCCCCAUAGAGGGAAACAAUUAUUACUGUACCGGAAUACCGUUAAAGUACUUGUUUUGUCUAUUGAUUGUGAUGAACCACUUAUUUCAUGGAAAGUUCGACACUUAUACGGAAAAUACAAGUUUAAGUGCCGGAAUGAAGUACUUGAUAUCUGCAUGUUGUUGUAAAUAUUGUACAUUUUACUGUUGACCACUUGUUAGAAAAGUCCUUGGUAUCAACCUGAAAUGAAAUCUUUUUUGUGUUAUGUCACCUGAGACAAAGUCUCAAGUGACCUAUAGCGAUCGCCUUUUGUCCGGCGUCGUAGGUCGUGCGUCGUGCGUCGU